AUGUGGCCGGUGUGUGUGUGCGGGGUGCUCCGGGCCUGGGCCCUGCCCUUGGCGCGGGCCUCGGGGUCGCGGGCCUGCAGUGGGGCUGCGGGCGUCGCCUACACUCAGGGCCAGAGCCCCGCGCCCCGCACCCGCGAGUACUUUUACUACGUGGACCACCAGGGCCAGCUCUUCCUGGAUGACUCCAAGAUGAAGAACUUCAUCACCUGUUUCAAAGACCUGCAGUUCCUGGUCACCUUCUUCUCCCGGCUGAGACCCAACCGCAGCGGGCGCUACGAGGCCGCCUUCCCCUUCCUCUCUCCCUGCGGCAGGGAGCGCAACUUCCUGCGCUGCGAGGACCGGCCGGUGGUCUUCACGCACCUGCUGGCCGCGGGCCCUGGCGCCCCGCGCCUCUCCUACUGCGGCGGCGGCGAGGCGCUAGCGGUGCCCUUCGAGCCCGCGCGGCUGCUGCCGCUGGCCGCCAACGGGCGCCUGUACCACCCGGCCCCCGAGCGCGCGGGGGGCGUCGGCCUGGUGCGCUCGGCCCUGGCCUUUGAGCUCAGCGCCUGCUUCGAGUACCCGCCCGGGGCGGCCGCGGUGCCCUCCCACGUGCACUGGCAGGGCCAGCGCCUCCCCCUCACCAUGGACCUGGCCCCGCUGCUGCUCAGCGACCCGGCGCCCUGA